AUGGAUGAAGUUCAUAAAGCUGUGCAAAAACCUAGAGAAAAAGUUAAUGAUGUUGUGGAAGAACCUAGAGACGAAGAAUUUGAACUGCAAGUGCCAGAAGAUAUGCAUUGUGUAAAUGAAGACAUAACCACCUUGAAUGGUAAUGAUGAUGACAAAGAGGAUACUCCAACGAACAUGAUUCAACGCCAAUAUAAAGGGACAUGGAUUCAAGAUUCAAUUCUAUGGCAUGUUUUGGUUGCCAAAUUAGUCCCGCUAUUCCAAGAUAAAUGUUGA